UUGAAAGCGGAAGUAAACAAAGAGAACGUCGCGGUUAACUCAACAGUGUAAUUGGAAUGUGUGUAAUACGUGCUUAUUAUUAACUCUCAUAUAUUUGUAAAUGAGGUUCGCAUACUGGAUUACUUCAUAGUCGUUUUCUUGGUCGGUAUCUUGCUAUGACAGGAUAAACACAUCCUUUAAUCAUUCUUUAGCUUAAGGGCUACUAUCAGAUAGCGUUAGCUUGGAUAACAGUGCAGUAGUAGUUUUAACCAGUUCAAGUCUCUGUCAUCUUUCUGGACAAAUACAGACAUUGACAGUUAGGGGGUAACAGUACAUUUUUAGUCUGAACGCCAGAUAAAGCCUGAAAAAACAAACAAACAAACAAAACAACAACAAAAAAACAAACAUCUGGAAUCGUUUAUUCAUAUCUAAAUAUUAAUUUAUCGCAUGCAUCUUCUAUUAAGAAUUAAAAAUGAAUGGUCAAGCUGAAGUAGAGGUGGAUUAUAAGAGAAAAUACAAGAAUCUCAAACGCAAAUUGAAGUUUCUGGUAUAUGAGCAAGAGUGUUUUCAGGAGGAGCUGAGAAGAGCUCAGAGAAAACUAUUAAAAGUUUCUAGAGACAAAAGUUUUCUGUUGGACAGAUUGUUGCAGUAUGAAAGGGUGGAUGAAGAGUCUUCUGACUCCGACGCCACUGUUUCCUCAGACAGUGAAGGAGAGGGAGCUAGAGAGAGAGACAGAGAAGCAGGGAAGAAGAGGAGGAGUCCUGGAGUUCCUCCCGUCCCUUCAUCUUCAUCCCCUCAUCUCUCGCUCAUGUCUCGCUCUGGUGCGGUUCCUCUCCAGUCAUCUGCUCCUGCACAGUAUCUCAACACUUUGCCCUUCCCUCCUGAGUAUUUGGCUCCCUCUGCUGAGCGAGUGAAGAAAGAGAGAAAAACAAAACUGGCGAAACACAGGAAAGACGGUUCAGGGAAGGUGGUUGGCCCACUGACGUCUAAUUACCCUGCAGGCAGUGGUGCUGCUGGAACUACGAGUGGGCCGUUCAGCUGGGUCCCGCAGCAGAUGCUGAGUGAAGAUGCAGCCGAUGAGGAGGGAGAGAGUGAGGGAGAGAGUGACAGAGGAGAGGAUGAGAGAGGAGAGGGGGACGAGGCAGAGCUGGUCAUUGACAUACCCAAUGAGUGAAGGUGCCAAAUGACACUGCAAGCAAAACAUUUCAAAACAUUUUGAUCCACAGACCUUUUUUAAUUACAUCUGUUUAAAAAGUAUUUAAUAAAAUUUUUUAAAUCUAUACUACUUUGAUGUUGUUAUGGUCUUCAGCAUUGUAUUUAUUUAGUUUUUGAGUUUUUACAAAAUUGUACUGUACAUGCAUACAGUUGGUUAUUGCUCACUGAACAUAUCCUCUAUUUGGCAUGCACACAGCAUCAGAAUGUUCUUUUGGGUUUGAAAAAUAAAUAAAUAACAGAAACUGCAAAGAAUAGCCAUGUGUGUUUGUGUGUGUGUGU